AUAUUAAACGAUUAGUAGAAAAGGAAAAAGAACUGGAAGAACAAGAAAAGAGACAGCGUGAAAUAGAACGCAAUACUUGCAAGAUAAAAUUAUUCUGUAUGCAUCCAGUAAAACAAAUAAUGAUGGAAAAUAAACUGGAAGUUCAUAAAGAUAAGACUCUGAAGGAAGCUGUGGAGAUAGCUUAUAAGAUAAUGGAUUUAGAAGAAGCAGUUCCUUUGAAUUGCUGUCGUCUUGUUAAAUAUGAUGAGUUCCAUGAUUAUCUGGAACGAUCCUAUGAAGGAGAAGAUGACACUGCAAUGGGAAUCUUGCUUGGUGGUGUUAAAUCAACCUACAUGUUUGAUCUUCUUCUGGAAACCAGGCAACCUGAUCAGUCUUUCCAAUGUUACAAACCUGGUGAAGUCAUGGUAAAGGUUCAUGUUGUUGACCUAAAACAGGACACAGUGGCUCCUCCAAUUAGUGUCCGUGCUUAUUUGAACCAAACAGUUACAGAAUUCAAGUAUCUCAUUUCAAAGGCUGUACAUUUACCUGCUGAAACAAUGCGUGUUGUUUUGGAACGUUGCUAUAAUGAUUUGCGUCUUCUUAGUGUGGCUAACAAAACACUUAAAGCUGAAGGCUUUUUUAGGAGCAAUAAAGUAUUUGUUGAAAGUUCAGAUUCUCAAGAUAGACAGCUGCCAUUUACAGAUUCACAGUUAUGGAAACUCCUAGAUCGCCAUGCAAAUACAAUCAGACUGUAUGUUUCAUUGCCGGAACAGUCUCCUGGAUCACUGUUCAGAAGGACAAUAUUUCAAAAGCAACAGCAGCAGGAAGGAGAUAAUGGCGACAGCAGCAGGAGUACAGAGGCCAGUGACUUUGAAAAUAUCGAAUCGCCUUCCAAUGAGGCAGAUUCAUCAGCAUCAACAGAAAACCAGGAACUUGAAAACCAAAUACAGGUUUCUGACACAGAUAAUUUCCAGUCAGAGGAGCGGUCAGAUUCCGAUUUGAACAAUGACAGGAGCACAAGUUCAGUGGACAGUGAUAUUCUUAGUUCCAGCCACAGCAGUGACACGUUAUGCAAUGUCGAUAACACUGCUAUAUCCUUGGCGAACGGACUUGAUUCACACAGCAUAACAAGCAGUAGGCGAUCCAAAGCCAACGAAGGGAAAAAGGAAACUUGGGAUACGGCCGAAGAGGAUUCUGGAACCGACAGUGAAUAUGAUGAAAGUGGGAAAAGCAGGGCAGAAGCCCAGUUUAUGUACUUCAAGGCAGAGCCCUACAUCACAGAAGAAGGUUCAGGAGAGGGGCAGAAAUGGUUGUUGAUUCAUGUUGAUAAAAGAAUUACACUCUCUGCCUUCAAACAACUCUUGGAGCCAUUUGUUGGAGUUCCAUCUUCUCAGUUUAAGGUCUUUCGAAUUUAUGCCAGCAAUCAAGAAUUCGAGAGUGUCCGGUUGAAUGAGACUCUUUCCUCCUUCUCAGAUGAUAACAAGAUAACUAUCAGGUUUGGAAGAGCACUUAAGAAAGGGGAAUACAGAGUCAAGGUUUACCAACUUUUGGUGAAUGAUCCAGAGCCCUGCAAGUUUCUUAUAGAUUCAGUUUUUGCUAAGGGAAUGACUGUGCGGCAAUCAAAAGAGGAGUUACUUCCUCAGCUCAGGGAGCAAUGUGGGCUGAAUUUGACUAUCGACAGAUUCCGCCUAAGAAAGAAGACUUGGAAAAACCCAGGGACUGUGUUUCUGGAUUAUCAUGUCUAUGAAGAAGAUAUUAAUAUUUCAAGUAACUGGGAGGUUUUCCUAGAAAUACUUGAAGAAGCAGAAAAAAUGAAAUCUAUGUCACAACUUGCUGUUCUGUCAAGAAGAUGGAGGCCAUCAGAGAUGAAACUGGAUCCUUUUCAAGAAGUAGUUUUAGAGAGCAGCAGUGUUGAUGAAUUAAAAGAUAAGCUUUGUACAAUAAGUGGAAUCGACGCAGAAAAUAUUGAAUUUGCAAAGGGUAGAGGGACAUUUCCAUGUGAGAUCUCCGUUCUAGAGAUACAUCAAGAUUUAGACUGGAAUCCGAAGGUUUCUACCCUGAAUGUAUGGCCUCUCUACAUCUGUGAUGAUGGAGCAGUAAUAUUUUAUAGGGAUAAAACCGAAGAAAUGGUGGAACUAACUGAAGAACAGAGAAAUGAACUCAUGAAAAAAGAAAGCAGUAGACUUCAGAAAACUGGACAUCGUGUGACCUAUUCCCCUCGUAAAGAAAAAGCACUAAAAAUAUAUCUUGAUGGAGCGCCAAAUAAAGAUUUGACUCAAGACUGAUAUUUAUUUCAGCAUUUUCUCUGGGAAAUUUUUCUUAAGUGUGAAAAAGGUACACAACUACUGUGUAGUGCCAUUAUGGCAGGACAUUAGGUAUAAAGAAGAAGCCUCAGCACUGAUUGGUAAAGGACAGCCCAGUCCAGUUCAGUGCCCAGUCAAGUCCCCGUUUGACUUGGAAUCAUGUUGUGCACUAUAGUCAAAUGUACUGUAAAGAGAAAAGGGAUGUGCAAAUAAAAACCCAGAAAAGCAUAGCGGGGAGGGUAAUCGGCAAAAAUUGGGAGACAAAUGUGCACAAAGCAGUAGCUAGUCAACCAGCCACAGACAGGAUAUCCAUAGCUUAAUAAAAGCUGUGCAAAGGCCAUGAAUGAUUUUUGUUUUUUUCACUGAUACACACAUUACCUCACAGAAGAUUUCUGAAGUAAAUGUGACAGUGGUUUUUUAUAAAAGCAAAGAUGUGGAAAUGGACUAGAAAUGUGAUAAAAUUGACAAAACCUAUCCCCUAAAGCUUACAGGUUUAACUUAAAUCUCAUUGGACUCUUCUUCCAUGAAGCAAAGACACCUGGAGAAGUAUUUUUAGUAAAAGUUGCCAGCAGGUGGUGUUUAUUUUGCAGAAGUGUUGUAUCUGAUUUUUAGUUAGGUUAUGAAUAAUGGCAAUGUCACUAUUCUGUUCAGUAUGUAAAUACUAUUUUGUUGUCCUGAGUUACCAGAAAUACAUUUCAACUGCUUACUAUGGUAUUUCUUUCCACAUAUCAAUAUUCACUGUGUACAUUUAAGAGUAUAGCUGGCUAUUUAAAUUUGUAUCCCUUUUGUGUUUUUUUUUGGGGGGGACAACGUUGGGUACUUAGAUUUGUAAUGUUUCCUUGUUAAUGAAUUUCAGGGCUUUUUGUUUGAUUAGCUACUUAUUUUUGUACAUUUUUGGACUGGGAUACUUUCGAGUUUGCUUUUUCUAGCAUCAUUACAAAUCACACUUUUUCUUGAGAGUUGAUUCAUAGUUUUUAUAUGUAGCUUUUUUAAAAUGAAUGGCCUUCAUUUAACACCUCCCAGUAUAGUUUGCAGUAGUUCAAAAUGUGGUACAGGUUGAUGCAGUACAUGAUUUCAUUGCAAAGCAUAUAUGAGAUUUAAUUUGCUACAUAAGAGCAAUUACAAACAAUAUUAUAGAGGGGUUUCUUUUUUCUUUUUGAAAAUGCUAUCUAAUUUAUAUCAGUCAAAGGUUUUGGUAAAUUUUUCCAUGCCAGAUGCUGUUUACAACCAUGAACAUGCAAAUAAAACAUUUGUUCAUUCUAUUGUUA